CGGGCAUUAAUGUGUUUCAGCUCAGCGUGUAAUGGUGUUAAAAACCAACUUUUGGACUGGUGAAGGCAUUUCAGAGUUCCGCGGCUUUCCCCCCCAUAACCAAGUUUACGUGUACGUACCGUUCACUUCUAGCGAUGACAUUGACAGCUGAGAGCAGCUCCCCAGGUGUCACUACCGGAUUUAUUUUGACCUUUAGGAUGAGAUAACCGCGUUGCGUUGACUGUUUUUGGUCAGUCCUCGUAUAAAUUUAAAAAAAAAUUGUAGCAUUAAAAAAAUUAAAUUAAAUCAUGGCUCUACUUUGCGGAAGUCUUUUCAGGAGCAGUCAUUUCAGUUUGCUUUCGUCGCAUCUUAUCGGGAACCUCCGGGUAUGCAGACGAGCUGUUUACCCUCAGAGCAGUUGGCGAAAUACCAUACGCACAUCUGUACGCUUGAGAGCUUCUUUGAGUGGACGGACAACGAGUUAUCAGAUUUACUCCAAAGCCACUGCUCCUCUUCCCUGCGGUCCUGUCCUGACCCCAUGUGGACACUACUUCCACACUUCUGCCCGCCUGAGGGCCCUGCCUGCUCCCCUCAUAUGGAUGAUAAUCAAACCUCUGCAAAAGAUUAUGGCUAUAAUACUGGGCAGGAGCAUAAGGAAGUGGUGGGUGGCCUUACCAGACAACCGGCGGCAGCUGGUGCGCAAAUAUGCAUGGCAGAAGCGCUGGCAUCUAGCAGGGGGUGCAGGUGUUGCUAUUAUGAUUGUAGCCCUCUUUCUCCUAACGCACCUUGACGAGUCCCCGCUGACAGGACGGACCCGCCUUCUUGUGUUCAGUAAAGAGAACUACAUGGAGAUGGCAGCUCUGACUUCAGAUGCGUACAUGGAGGAGUAUGCAGAGCUGCUUGUUCCAGUCACUGACCCUCGUCACCAGGUGGUGGAGCGGGUGGUGCAGCACCUGGCACAAAGGAACAAGGACAUCCCUGAAGUGUCUGACAUCAGCUGGACUGUCCAUGUGGUGCAAAGUCCCAGCGUUAAUGCCUUUGUACUACCGAAUGGAAAUGUCUUCAUGUUUACUGGAAUGCUGGAAGCCAUUGCAGAUGUUCACCAGCUCACUAUUAUACUGGGACACGAGAUGGCUCAUGCCUUACUGGGGCACGCUGCAGAACAGGCCAGUGUGUCUCAUGUCCUGGAGCUCCUGUCUGUUGUUCUCUUGAUAGCCAUCUGGGCCAUGUGUCCUCACGACAGCCUGUCAAUGCUGGGACACUGGGUACAGGGCAAGCUUAGAGAGCUGCUGUUUCAACGCCCUUUCAGUCGGAAACUGGAGGCUGAGGCAGAUCAAGUCGGAUUGCAAUUGGCUGCUAAGGCAUGUGCCGAUGUGCGAGCAGGACCUGUAUUCUGGCAGCAGAUGGAACUCAGAGACCAACUAUCAGGAGAGCCCACCUUGCCUGAAUGGCUGUCCACACACCCAUCGCACAGGAACAGAGUCGCUCAGCUGGACCGUCUCAUACCAGAGGCUCUGGAGCUGAGGGAAAGAUGCGUCUGUCCUGCUCUGCCUGCUACUGAUCCUCGUGAUGUUUUCUCCAAGAGCGUCCGUGUGUUGCUGGAAAACACCAGGGAGCAGAGGAGUGAAGGGCCAGAGAGGGGAGACAAACCUCUGUUGACCCGCAGCCCCACCUCAGUCCCCACAAGACUGCCUGCAGCAUUCCUUGCCCAAACUGCACUUCCUUCUUCCCCAGAUGCAGAUCAUUUAAGCAAAGGCCCGGUCCCAGCUGCAGUUCCAGAGAGAGUUAUGGCAGCCCAUGCCACUGCUACUGCUGCAGAGGAGGGAUCCCAGCACGUAUUGCAGAGCACCAGCUGACAGGGGUGUUAAAUCAUCACCAACUUCCUUGAAUAAACUUGACUGACUAUAGUGGAGUAUGAACUGCAGCUAGAAACCUUUCUCUUAUUGUCUAUUAAAUUGAAAAAAAUGCACCUGAGUGCGUAGGUGCUAAAAGGGUUAAAUUCUCACCCACCAUUGCAGAGACUGCAGAUACCACCACAAUCGAGGGUGGAGCUGGCGGUUGUUUUACAAAGGAAGUGACUGCAGGUCAUUAUAUAAAUCAGUAGAAAAUUGAGGUAAAAGGCUGACAAUGAUAAAUCAAGAAUUUUAUCCAUGCCUAAUGACUACAAAGAUACCACAUUAAUGAGAUAACCUUGAAUAGGAAAAUACUGAAUUAAUUAGCUUCCAUACAUUGCCAGAUUAAUAUGUGCAUUAUUCAUUGACACACGGCAACAGACGAGAGUAAGCACUUACGUGUGCUUGUUGGAGGCAGCGUCCAUGGCAUCCAGAGGACAUCUACAUUCUCAUUAUGACUACUGCAUUCUCAUGCCACACGCACAGCACUUUAUCUGUUUUCUAGCCCGGGGGACUUAAUGGUGUAAAUUUAUGCUGGGUUGUUUGCAGGUUUUAAAACACAGCGCUCUGCACGGGAAUGCCAAUAUCAGCCGUCAAGCUUUGAGAAAUCUUUCAUGGGAUUUUGUAAAAUCUUAUUUAACAAGGCAAGUUGACUGAGAAAACAUUCAUAUUUACAACAACAGCCUGCAGGAGAAGUCAUACUGUGAAGAGGGGAGGGCAGUUAUGGUUCAAAUCUUGGUAAUGUUUUAUGUGUGUGUGCGCGCGGAGACGAAAUGGUACGCUUGGUUACACUGUAAAAUCAAAAAUGAUACUACUAUGUUUUUUUUGGGUGGGGAGGUAAAUUAUUUUAUUUGUGUCACGCUUUUUAGGCACCGAACCUGAACUAGCCUCCAAAAACAACAGUUGGGAGUCUUACACCUGCUGUGGAGGCUUUCUCUUACAGGACAAAACGCAGGGUAGGUCAAUAUUAGGGUCGGUUUCUCCUUUAGAAUAAGUGGUCAGUCCAUAACAAGCCAAUGAAAAGCACAUAUUGGUUUUUGCACAUUCAUAACUCAGCGGAUAUGUAUUCUGUUUGCAGGUGGCUAGCAAAUAAAAUUCAAACUUGGAUAUCUCUUUUUUCUGCUUUAUUCUAAAAUCUAUAAAUUGACAUCGAUCAAAGGGGCGCAUACAGCAACACAAACAAAUGUAAUAUGGAUGUGCGUAAAAUUAUCAGCCUGUGUGACAUUACGUAAGGGAACAUCAAACGCCUCGCAACGUCACACCAACCAAUUAGAUUCUGGGGUGAAAGAUGAGUUUCUUUUGAAGUGUUCGUAUGUGCGUGUGGCGGCAGCGGUUUACUUAUUGAUGCUUGGCUCCUGGGGAAUAUCCUUGUUGUCUGUUCACAGCUGAUCAGAGAGAUGUAAAGUUUUGAAAUCUCAUUGACCACAUUAUGCAAAGCCAGUUGUAAUCAAAUGAAAGCUACUAGAAUAUCCAUCAGUCAGCCUCAUUGCAGCUCUUUUGUAAUGUCUGCCAACUGCUACAAGUUGUAGCUUCUUGAAUACGAGAUCAAUUUUGUGUAAAUUAUGUGUAUUAAACAGC